CCAGGCACCGCCCCGAAGUUUGUUGUUGUCUGCCGCGUCCCGGACGUUUGUGGCGGUGGCAGCGGGUUCGGGCAGCCGCGCCACCAUGGCGGUGCGACAGGCGCUGGGCCGAGGCCUGCAGCUGGGUCGGGCGCUGCUGCUGCGCUUCGCGGCCAAGCCCGGCCUGUCGGGCUGGGGGAGGCCCGGCCCCGCGGCGGCCUGGGGCCGCGGAGAACGGCCGGGCCGGGCCUCAGGCCCCGGAGCGCAGCCGCGCCCGCUCGGGCUCCCCCUCCCCGACCGCUACCGCUUCUUCCGCCAGUCGGUGGCUGGGCUGGCGGCGCGGAUCCAGCGGCAGUUCGUGGUGCGGGCACGGGGCGGCGCAGGCCCUUGCGGCCGAGCGGUCUUCCUGGCCUUCGGGUUGGGGCUGGGGCUGAUCGAGGAGAAGCAGGCGGAAGGCCGGCGGGCCGCCCUGGCCUGUCAGGAGAUCCAGGCAAUUUUUACACAGAAAAACAAGCUGGUGGCUGACCCACUGGACACGCGGUGCUGGCAGGGCUUUCGUCUGGAGGAUUACCUGAUUGGACAGUCCAUUGGCAAGGGCUGCAGUGCUGCUGUGUAUGAAGCCACCUUGCCUACUUUGCCCCAGCGCCUGGAGAAGGCCAAGUGUCUUGGCCUUCUAAGAAAAGGCCCAGAUGUCCUCCCAAAGGGGGCAGAUGAGGAGCGGGCACCAGAGGCCCCUGCCUUUCCCUUUGCCAUCAAGAUGAUGUGGAAUAUCUCGGCAGAUUCCUCCACUGAAGCCAUCUUAAGCAAGAUGAGACAGGAGCUAGUCCCAGCAAGCCAGGUGGCCUUGGAUGGAGAGUUUGGCACAGUUACUUACAGAAGAUUCAGACAUGGUCUCAAGCAGCUUGCCCCACACCCCAACAUCAUCCGGGUUGUCCGCGCCUUCACUUCGUCCGUGCCCCUCCUGCCAGGGGCUCUGGUUGACUACCCUGAUGUGCUGCCCCCAUGCUUCUACCCAGAAGGCCUGGGCCACAGCCGCACACUAUUCCUCGUUAUGAAGAACUACCCCUGUACCCUGCGCCAGUACCUUCAGGAGCACACUCCCAAUCCCCGACUGGCUACGGUGAUGACCCUGCAGUUACUGGAAGGCGUGGACCACCUGGUUCAGCAGGGCAUCGCCCACCGGGACCUCAAGUCCGACAACAUUCUUGUGGAAUUGGACUCAGACAGCUGUCCCUGGCUGGUCAUCUCCGAUUUUGGCUACUGCCUAGCUGACGAGCAUGUUGGCCUGAAGUUGCCUUUCACUAGCUGGCAAGUGGAUCUUGGUGGCAAUGGCUCCCUGAGGGCCCCUGAGGUAUCCACAGCCCAGCCUGGCCCCAGGGUAGUAAUCGACUACAGCAAGGCUGACAUCUGGGCUGUGGGGGCCAUUGCCUAUGAAAUCUUUGGGCUCACCAACCCCUUCUAUGGCCACACCCACCUUGAGAGCUGCAGCUACCAGGAAGCUCAGCUGCCUGAGAUGCCCAAGUGGGUGCCUCCAGAUGCAAGACAGCUGGUGAGGUCACUGCUCCAGCGAGAGGCCAGCAAGAGACCAUCUGCCCGUGUGGCCGCCAAUGUGCUGCACUUAAGCCUCUGGGGUGAGCCUCUGCUGGCCCUAAAGAAUCUGAAGCUGGACAAGAUGAUUGGCUGGCUCCUCCAGCAAUCAGCGGCCACUCUGCUGGCCAACAGGCUGCUGGGGAAGAGCUGCGCGGAAACGAAGCUGCAGAUGCUGUUUCUGGCAAACCUGGAGUGUGAGGCACUCUGCCAGGCAGCCCUCCUCCUCUGCUCCUGGAGGGCCACCCCGUGAUGCCUGUGUGCUGCGCUGUCACUAAAAGACUCACGGGCACCUGUGUUGUGAUGUCAUGGUGGUGUGUGAAGGCCAAAGCAGGUGGCAUGGUUGGGUGGGUGGGAGUUGGCACAAGCUGGGGUGGAGGAGGGGCUGGUCAGCCAAAGAGGAAGCCUCAGGUUCAGCAAAUGGAAAGAGCGAUUCAGGCUGUAGACAUGCACUAGCUGUGCGGGUUCAAACAAAUCCCAGAGCCCAUCCCAUUUAAAUCUCCAGUAGAAUUAAAACAUCAGUCCAGAUGUUUUGAUGAAGUAGUUGCAAUGACUCACCUGUCACUGAAGCAAAAGGACAAGUACUGCAGCAAGACUGACACUGAAAUUUGGUUGUCAACAUCAAUUCACAUUGAAGUGGCAGGCCAGCAUGGCUCACAGGUGAGUUUACCAAUUGCUAGAUGUAUCCUCAGUGCCUAACUCUUUACAAAUGCUCACUGAACACCGUGUCCAUGCUAAAGCCCUCUGCACACACAGAAGUAAUGUCUUCUCCCCACCCGUGGAGCUCUCACAGGAAGCACUGCCUGCCCUUGUCUGUCCUCAGUGGGCUGAGGCUGUGCUGGUAGAAGAGAAGGGGCUGAGGGUCACACCUGCACUCCCUGUCACUAAGAUCCAAGGUAAGGCAAUGAGUGGCAGUUUGUGAUCUCUGCCCCUUAUGCUGGGAAAGGGCUUUGUCUGACAGAGGUGGCCACAGCACUGGUUGGCAUGUGCAGGACAGUGUUCAGGGACCAGCAGGAAAAACCAUCCUCUGAUGGCAGGGCUGUCUGCAGGCUGGUCGACAGUGUGUUCCCAGGAAUGUGUUCCUCAGGGCUCCCCAGUUGCUUCUGGAUUAAUCUAGCACAGCAACUCACUCCCUAGGCACUGACAACUGGCAUGUUAGCUGACAGCAUUCCUUACAGGAGCUGGGAAAUAUUAAAUGCAAAUUUAUAAUGUAGAA